GUUUUUCGAAUCGAUAUAGUUAUUUGCCAGUCAUUUAAACGGAGUGUUUUGACCGAAAUAAAGUCACGGAGAUAAGGUGUCACUGAAGACUACCGGCGACCGGUGCUCCCGCUCUAUGGCGCCUCCUCCUGAGCGCGAGCGGCAGGCGGCAGGCUGCAGGUUGUUCCGGUGCGCAUGCGCCGCCACCGCCGGUGGGCGCCAGACCGGGCCGGGCCGAGGACGACUGUUCAGGCCGGAGGGAGCGAGCGACCGAGCGAGCAACCCCCCCCCCCCCCCCCAGAAAUGUGCUCCUUGUGCCGAACAGCUCUUUGCCAGUUCACAUCAACUUGCCAGUCCGUCUGAAUCUUACUCAUUUUUCUCAUAUAUUCUUACCAAGGAAUUCUUGGUUUUAAUCAGUUAAUCUGUUACAACACACAAAUUGCUGGAGGAACUCAGAAAAUCAGGCAGCAUCUAUGGAGAGGAAGGAAUAAAGAGUCAACAUUUCAGGCUGAGACCCUUCAUCAGGACUCUUGUUACAAAUCUGUCCAGAAGGGAACAGUUCUACCUUGUCCAGAUCAUGUGUACAUGUCUCUCUGGUGCUUCCCACUCCCUCCUACUUUUCCCAGCCAUGAUAACCCUCACCCUGUCCCCUUCCCACUCUCAGUCCACAACACAGACCCAUAUCAGAAUCAGGUUUAUCAGCACUCAGCCCAUCAUCUCUCCUGGGUAAAGGCUGCUGAUAGCAGCUCAUCAGAAUCCUCUGUCCUGGGCAAGUCUUUCGCAUUCUCCCAGGAGAUACGUCUCUACCAAAGGAGUUGUAAAGCACUUCUUCCCUCCGCCAGCCUGCAGGUCACCCUUAGAUACAGAAUGAACAUCCUAUUUGUUCCAUUUCGCGUGCUGAAGCUACCAGUAGGAAGUGUCAAUUCAUCCUACCUGUCUAAUUGCAAUCGAGGAGCUUUUGGGAUACCAAAGACACAUGUAAGACUAUUCUUCUCAGAUAAUAAGAAGAGUAAACCUAAAAACGUCACAGACUAUGAAUCGAUGAAGCAAGAGUACAAACCACAAGUGCCAAAAUACUUCAAUUUUGCAAGUGAUGUCCUUGAUAAAUGGAGUGACAUGGAAAAGAAUGGAAGCAGAGGUUCAAACCCUGCUUUGUGGUGGCUCAAUCAAAGAGGACAAGAAGUGAAAUGGAGCUUCCAGGACCUUGCUCUUUACUCCAAGAAGGUGGCCAAUAUCUUAUCUGAUGCAUGCAAUCUUCAAUCAACUGAUCGAGUUAUUGUUAUCCUGCCUGUCAUUCCAGAAUGGUGGCUGUUGAAUGCAGCAUGCAUGAGAACAGGUACUGUACUGAUCCCCGGAACAAGCCAGCUAACUCCCAGAGACAUUUUAUACAGGUUGCAGGCAUCCAAUGCAAAAUGUAUCAUUACAAAUGACGUACUGGCAGAUUCAGUAGAGGUAGUGAUGUCCAAGUGCCCAUCGCUCAAAGCAAAGAUGAUCAUAUCACAUAAAUACAGAAAGGGAUGGCUGAAUUUCCAUGAUCUUUACCGAAAUGCAUCCUCUGACCACAAAUGUGCAAAGACCAAGAGUUUCGAUCCAUUGAUCAUUUUCUUUACCAGCGGAACCACAGGCGCUCCUAAGAUGGUUCUUCACACACAUUCCGGUUUUGGUAUAGGCUUGACAGUGGCUGCAAGGUACUGGUUGGACCUCACAACUUCAGAUGUGAUGUGGAAUACCUCAGAUACUGGCUGGGCAAAGUCCUUGUGGAACAAUGUCUUUACACCAUGGAUCCAAGGAUCUUGUGUUUUUGCCUUGAGCAUGCGUCAGUUUAAUCCAGAACAAGUUUUGCAAAUUUUAUCCAAGUAUCCAAUAACGACCUUCUGUUCUACACCAACUGUGUAUCGCAUGCUUAUACAGAGUGAUGUCAGCAAUGCUGUUGAAGAGUCUUGGUCUGUACAUUUUCCUCCGUGGAUGCUGCCUGACGGGCUGAGGACCUCCGGCAAUUUGUACAAGUUCAAGAAUCUCCAGCACUGUGCGAGUGCAGGUGAACCUAUUAAUCCUGAGGUAAUGACUAUCUGGAAAGAGCAGACUGGCUUAGACAUCUAUGAAGGAUAUGCUCAGACAGAAACUGUCUUGAUCUGUGCUACUUUCAAAGGGAUGAAAAUUAAACCUGGUUCAAUGGGGAAGCCAUCACCAGCAAUUAAUGUGCAGGUUAUAGAUGAGAAUUGUAAUGUGGUACCUCCUGGAGUGGAAGGUGACAUUGCCAUAGAUGUGAAGUCUGCUAGACCCUUGGGCUUUAUUUCCAGAUACAUUGAUCAGCCAGAACAAACUGCUGCAACCCUGCGGGGAGACUAUUAUCUGACUGGAGACCGUGGCCGAGUGGAUGAGGAUGGAUACUUCUGGUUCAUGGGAAGAGCAGAUGAUAUAAUUUUAUCAUCUGGAUACCGCAUUGGACCAUUUGAAAUAGAAAAUGCGUUAAUAGAACAUCCAGCAGUGGCAGAGUCUGCGGUGGUUAGUAGUCCUGAUCCCAUAAGAGGAGAGGUUGUGAAGGCAUUCGUCAUUCUAACACCUAAUUUUACCUCGCAUGAUCCUGACAAGUUAAUUAAAGAAUUACAGGAACAUGUUAAGAAAACCACAGCACCAUACAAGUACCCAAGGAAGAUUGAAUUUGUAAAUGAACUGCCCAAGACCAUUAGUGGGAAAAUCAGAAGAACUGAGUUACGAAAGAAAGAAUGGGGAAGUGUUAGAAGUUAAAUCAUUUUUGUACAUCAUAGAAUGGAAUCAAUUUAUGCUUUUAUAUUUAGCUGAUGAUUUGAACAGAUUUUACAUUGUACGUUAGCAAAUCUUUUGUCUUGUACUGUUCAAAGGCACAGCAGCUUUUGCCCUAACAUUCAUGCCAUUAUAAAAAUUUGUAUGUAUUUCUACCAUUACUUUUGUAUCUAAAGAGACAUUAUACACUUACUGCAGUGCAAGACACCACAUACUUUGAAUAGUAGGCCAUUUUUCACUUUAGCCCUUCUGGCCCCAUGAGCCACACCAGCCCAGCAACCUGUCAAACCCGAUUAACCCUAACCCAAUCACAAACCAAUUUACAAUGGUAAAUAAACUGGAGCACCCGGGGAAAACCCACACAUUCCACAGGGAGGACAUACAGAGACUCCUUAUGGAACAGCAGUGGAACUGAACUCCGAAAUGUCCUGAGCUGUAAAAGCUUUGCACUAACCGCUCCAUAACAAAGUUCAAAAAUAAGGGAUAGAUACAAUCCGAGAAAGAACACCUUUAUUUUAUUAAUCCAAAUGAAAUAUAGUAACUUUAAAAAUAUUUUAAAUGUUUUACUUGACUCACUUUGAUAAAUUAUUUGAAAUGUUGUAAAUUAUUACUUGACCAAACAAUCUAAGGCCAAGAAUAGAGAUCAGAUGUGAUUUGAAAGCCAAAGCAAUCAUGUGUUCCUAGUAAUUAUAUCCUGCGUUGGAAAUGUAUUUACAUGAACUCAAAAGGGAAAAUGUUAGUACUUAACUAGCUACUCAGAGCAUAUUCUAAAACCCCUAUAUAUCUAGCAUUUUGUGAGCCAGUAUUUUUCUUAAGCAGUAUCUUAGGAUCAAGGAUGACUUGCUUACACUCCAGUUUUUUUGGGUUGUUAAGUGGCUAAUGCAACCAUGGUGGGGAAAUGCGGACUCUUCCACAACUGUGGACUGCAAGGUGGCUGACAGGUGCUACUAAUGCAUAGCCUCAAGGUCCUCUAUUGCCAUAAAAUCUCAAAGUGGAUCAUUGGCAUGUAUCAGGGCAGAACCCCUACCACCUCUAUCUGGUCAAACACAUGUCCCACGUUCCACAACGUGGUUGAAUGUCAGUGUGGCAAAGCACGGUGUAUUCAGUUGUUGCAAUGUUCAUUAAUAAAUAUCAAAAUAAUCAGUACUAAACCAAAACACUGUAUCAGAGUCAACUGUCAAGGUCUCAAAAGAAUGGUUUCUCUUCUCUGCCAUCAGACAACACAACAGAGAGUCUCUUUUAUAGAAGGGAAAAGUAGGCAUGCUGAAAUAAAAAUGUACAACUUAAGCUGAAUGGACGUCUAUAGGGAGUCUGAAUUUAUCCAGUGGAAUUUUCUCCACAAAGAUUUCCACUGCAAAUAAUUGCUUUGCCCAUAUUUAUCUUUUUAUGACAGGAUAUCUAGUUUUCUUUCUAAAAUUUCUAACUUCCUGACCAAAAGGUCCCUCUUUUAAAGGCCAUAUGCAGUCAUAUAUGUAACAUUAUCCAGCUGAAUAAAUGACCAACUCCAUAAAGUUGCAUACCCAAUUCUCUCUGGAUGUGGUUUCGGGAGUCUAUACAUUAAGCAACAAGCUACCCUUGUCAAUUCAUCAAAGUCUGCAUUCCCACAUAUGAGCAGGGCUCUGGAGCUCUUCACUUGUGAAACAAAUUCAUCUAAAAACUUUCACUAAAGGUACUUAAGUAAUUGAAAAGUCCUUCAUAAUAGGUGCACUUACAAAGCAUCUUAUGCCCUAACAUCCCCAAGUACU